UUACUCGGAGCUCUGUUCAUGUGCUGCUGGGGAAUUAAGACCAAGCGAAGGAAAGCGGCUGAUGAAAAGGCAGGUCGUCUGCCGUAUCCAGAUGAGAAGGAAGCGAUGCGAGACGAGGCAUAUGACACAAGAGCUUAUGGAAGAGAGAAAAGCAGCCUGCCGUCGGACAGUCAUGACAAUCUUCAAGACAUGUACAGGAAUGAGGAAAGGUAUCGUGACGAAUCAUUUCGAGAUGCCGAACGCGGUGCUCGAAUCGAGAGAGUCACUGAUACGAGGAGUGCUGCAAAUCUUGCUGAUGGAAUGGAUCGAUCGAGUGGUGCUGGAUUUACGGCUGCUACGGAAUAUGGUGGAAGCGCAAUGGAUUAUCCGCCGCCCCCACCGCCAAAUUACAUGAGUCCAGCUGAAUAUAGGGCUGGUAUGGAAGGCAAUCGUACAGAUGUAAUGGAUGCUGGUGCAGACUUUUCGGCAGCUGCUGGUGCUGGGAAUGCGGGUGGAGUCUAUCGUGACACUGUCAGUGUAUCUCCUCCAGCAUUUCCUGCACAAGCAACAGUCACAACAACAACCACCACCAAAAGACGAAAGGCUCAUCACGCAGGUGGCAGCGCUUAUUCAGAAUCAGCAGCAGCAGCCACAGCAGGAACAGCAACAAUGCAAGAUCAGAGUCAUUUACUUGGACUUAACACCAGCGUUUAA